GGUACGCGUCCAAUUUUAGAGUGCAGAGUUGACGUUGGGGCUCUAGUUUAGGUUCAUUAACAACAACUCCCCAACCCAAACAAACCCAGAACCUGCAGAACCCCGAGGAACAAGCCGCUCAUUCUGCGGGGUUUGGAGGAGAAGGAGCUGAGAUGGCGGAGUGGGAGGAGAUCCGGAGACUCGCUGCUGAUUUCCAGAGAGCACAGUUCGCAGAUUCAGCGCAGCGUCUGUCUGAGAGGAACUGUAUUGAGAUUGUGACGAAGCUGGUUCAGGAGAAGAAGCUUGAUGUGGUUCACACACUGGAUGGAAAAGAGUACAUUACGCCUGCACAAAUUGUCAGAGAGAUCCACGAUGAACUCUACACACAUGGAGGACGUAUCAACAUUGUGGAGCUCCAGAAGCUCAUUAAUGUUGACCUGGUGCAUGUGGAGAGCCGAGCCAUUGAGGUUUCAAAACAGGACAGAGGAACACACUUGAUCUUGGGUCAGCUGAUUGAUGAGAAGUAUCUGGAUCAGCUUGCAGAGGAAGUGAAUGAUAAGCUACAGGAAGUGGGACAGGUGAACACGGCGGAGCUCUGCAAAACCUACGACCUGCCCGGAGAUUUCCUCACACAGGAGUUGUGUGGGCGAGUUGGCCGAAUAAUUGAUGGACAGGUGGAUGAGUUUAAUCGAGGUGUGAUUUUCACUCAGGCUUUCAUUUGCCGACAAACAGCCCGAAUACGGGGGGUCUUCAGUGCCCUCACCAGGCCUACACCAGUCAGCGCUCUGAUCAGUGUUUUUGGGUUCCAUGAAAAUCUCUUAUACUCGGUUCUGGAGGAGUUGGUGAAUUCCGGCCGGUUGAAGGGUACAGUGGUUGGGGGUCGGCAGGAUAAAGCUGUUUAUAUUCCUGAAAUUUACUCCAGAACACAAAACGCCUGGGUGGACUCCUUCCUCAAACAGAACGGAUACCUGGAGUUUGAGGCGCUGACCCGACUGGGUAUUCCUGAUCCUGUGAGCUACAUUAAGAAGCGUUUAAAAUCCAGUAAGCUGCUGUUUUUGAGAUCUGCGUGUGUCGGGCCAGAGAUCAUAGCCCAGUUGGAGGCGUCGGUGGAGGAGGCCAUUAGUUCACAGACCUGGGUCGACUUACAGCUGAUGUUGCCCAGCUGUCUGUCUGAGGAGGAUGCAGGGCUUCUGAUUGGUCAGGUUUUGCGGACGCUGGGCACUGAAUCCACUGCCCGGAUCCUUGGCAGUGUGGUUGUCAGUGAGAAGUUCAUCAGCAGCUGCAUGACUCUGUUUGAUGACAUGAUGCAGCAGAAGGCACAGAAGGAGGUGAAGAAUAACCCUGUGUUUUUGGUAACUGAGGAGGAUCUGAAAGUUUCAGCAAUGCUGGAAAGUUCCUCCUCAUCCAAGAAAGACAAACGAGAAGACAGACGGAAAAAAGCUUCAGAGGGCAGUGGAAGUUUGAGAUCCGGUGGUGGAGGAAACGCUCGAGAAAUCCGAAUUCGAAAAACCAAAAAAAAGAACCGAAGAGAUGGAGACAGCGAUGAUGAGCCGGACACUACACAAAGUCGCAGUAAGCAGUCUGAGGUUCCGUUUCUGCCCGUGGAAAAAAUUCUGGAGGUCCUUGAAGUAAAAGUUACGGACUGCCCUGAGGAAACACUUGAGCAGCUUGCAGAGCAGCUUCUGAGGCCGCUGACCCUUAAGUACCAGGAAGUGAUCCACACAGCGUUCCUGUCAUCAAGCUCAUCUGGCUCCAGCGGGACUCGAAAGCAGAACGUGAAGGACGUCCAGGAGGAGAUAAACAACCUGUACAACAACAUCCGUCUGUUCGAGAAAGGGACCAAACUUUUCUCAGAUGAUACUCAGCAGCUGAUGAUGAAACACAUCCUUCGCACCGUCUGCACUGACCUGACCAACAUCCUGCUUAACUUCAUGGCAGCUGAUCUUAUGAUGGCCACAGAGAACCCCAGCUCCAUCACUGCUGAGGUGAGAAUGAAGAUUUUGGGCAAACUCUCUGAUGAAACUAAAGCACCGCUCAUGAAGCUCCACAACAGUCUGAAUGGAAAGACUGUUGAGGACUUCCUGUCCAGUCUUGAAGCUGCUGCUGAGGACUGUGGGUUGAUGCUGAAGAAAACGGAUAAGAAAAAAGAGAGGCAGGCUCUUCUCCUCCAUAAGCAGGCUUUAUUGGAGCAGUUAAAUGUAGCGGAGGAUCCGGCUCUGAUCCUGCACCUGACCAGCGUCCUGUUGUUCCAGAACCUGAUGCACUGCAUGCUUCACGCUCCAGGCCGCUGCGUCCCAAACAUCAUCGGCACCCUGCAGCCCAAACUGUCGGAGGACCAGUAUAAGUUACUGGUGCAGUAUCAGGGGCUGGUGGUGAAGCGGCUAGUGCAGAGUCACAGCCAGGAGAAAAAGGCUGAUGGGGCGGAGCAAGGAGGUGAGGACAGUUCUGCUGAACUGGAGUCUGUGCUAAAGGAGCUGAACAGCCUCAGCGGCACCAUCAAAGAGCUCGUCCUCAAUCCACGAAAACCGUCCACCACAGAGGACUGAGCGCACAGCGGGAGUGGUGGAACCUGUCCUGAUCACUAGCUGAACCUGAAGACAUUUCUUAAUUAAAUACUAAUUAUGUUUACUGUUAAUAAACUAAAGCGACUGAAAGUCAGUGUUAAAGAUGAAUUGACUCAGAACCCAGAAAACCUGACCCUCAUGCUGAGGGUUUUGGGAACUGCAGUCAAACACAAAUAAAAGUCCUCAAAGGUGACAAAA